UUCUCUUUCCUAAAAAGAUAAGGGCGUACUUAACAUCAUCAACUGUUUUAAAAAUAGCCGUUUUUGCGUUGAAAGUUGAAUGUUGGGCAUAUACUACACACCAAGUCUACAUGAAUUGGUUUUAGAGGAAAUACAAUUGAAGAAGUAUGAACGUCUAUUCCAAGAUAUACCAAACUUGGGAUGAACACAAUUUCUCGUCCUCUCCUAGUGGACCUACAAGUACUGUGCAUCUCUUGCCCAUCAAGUGUCCAACUCCAAGUUGUGUCCACCACGCUAGUCAACUAUGUCGGCGUUUUAUUGACUAACACUGAGAUGAUGAUUAUACCACAUCUGGACCAUGCUUCCGUUUCAUAUAAAACCAUAUCUUUAGUUUCACCUAGAAAUGAACAAUUCCAUACGAGAUACUACUACACUCAUCCUCUCAAGUCCAUCAGAUUCAUAAAAGUAAUCGAGAAAUGGAAGCAAAGUCAGACAAAGCUGGAAACGGGGAGAUGGGAGGACUGGAAAUAUCUCUCCGGUCAUUAGAUCUUUCGGAUUUAGACGAUUUCAUGGUAUGGAUGACGGAUGAUCGUGUUGCUGAUUUCUGUACAUGGGAAACAUGUAAAUCUAAAGAAGAUGCAUUGGAUCAUAUCAAGGAGAAAAUUGUACCACAUCCAUGGUACAGAGUAAUUUGCAUUCAGAACAAACCUGUUGGUGCAAUUGUGUUUAGACCAAUGGAAGGUGAAGAUCGAUGCAGGGGUGAGAUCGGCUUUCACAUUGGAUCUAAACAUUGGGGUAAAGGAAUUGCAACGUUGGCUGUGAAGAUGUCUUUGGAGAUUAUAUUUAAGACUUGGCCGCUCAUAGAGAGAGUUGAAGGUUAUGUUGAUGUUGAGAACAUAGGUUCACAAAGGGUAUUAGAGAAAGCUGGUUUUCAAAGAGAUGGUAUUUUUAGGAAGUUACUAAUCAUAAAGGGCAAAACCAGGGAUUUUAUGGUUUAUAGCUUUUUAUCAACUGAUUUCAAUCUCGAUUGAUCGGUUGGUAUUUUGUUGGACAUGUUUUUUUCUUUAUGUUUUUAGGGUGCUGCUGAUGUUGUUGCAUCUACUGAAGUCAAGUCCAUUGAGAUUUCCAGGUUCAUCGGAGUCAUCUCAAGUUCCACUGGAGUCCACUAAAGUUCUUCAAGACCAGACUUAAGCUGCUUAGAGAUGGUCAUGACAGGAAAUAUGCAAUGCCUAUAUUGUCUUGUCAGUAUUUUCCAGUUAUGCUACUAGUGUGAGCUUGUUAUGCUAUGUGAUGCAAAAGAUGAUGUUGAGUUUUUACUUUCAGAGGUUAUACCGUCACCAUGUAAUACAAAAUGGAAACAUAAAUUGACAAAUGGUGUAGGACAGUAAUCCUGGAAUGUUGAUAUUACAGGUAAAACAACAACAACAACCUCACCA